UAGGACAUAUUUCAUUUUCUGGGAAGAAAAUAUCGUUUAGAAUCUGAUAUAAAUAUAAAACAUGGAGAAAAUAGCUUUGAAUUUUGUUUUCUUCUUCUGAGAGAGUCAAGAAUCUCUUCGGCUGAUUCAGGUUCUUCGGAAACUUUAGCCUUUUUUAAGCUUUGAUUUGAUUAGAGGAAUUGUUUUGAAGUUACAGAGAAGGUGAAGCUUUUCUGAAGCUAAGCUUUAAUUGACUAAAGAGGGGGGAAGUGAGUUGACACUUGACUCAACGGUUGGAACUCGAUGCUGCUAAAGGUCCAUUGAGGUUUUGAUUUGAACAGAAAUUUUGAAAAAUAAAAGGAUAUCUGGUCAAAAUGGGUAUAAGACUGAAAUUACUUCGAUGAAGUUCAUUUAUGAAGUUGAGUGUAAAUAUUAAAAACAUACAAAAAGUUUGUAUUACUUUGGAAUCUCCAUUGAUUUCCUACCGUUUGAAGAAAUCCCAUUGAGGUGUAGGAUGGGCUGUGGGUGUUCGAAAUUAGAGUGUUGUUGGAGGUUUGGUCCGAAUGGAUCAAUUCCUGAAGCUGCUAAUGUUGAAAGUGCGAAAAAGGGUGAAGUUGAUGGUUUACCUGCAUUCCGUGAAUACUCAAUUGAAACACUCAAGAUGGCUACAUCUGGAUUCGCUGUGGAGAAUAUAGUUUCAGAACAUGGUGAGAAGGCUCCUAAUGUAGUUUACAAGGGCAAGUUGGAAAAUCAAAGGCUGAUUGCUGUUAAACGAUUUAAUAGGUCUGCAUGGCCUGAUGCCCACCAGUUCUUGGAAGAGGCAAGAGCUGUUGGUCAGCUUCGGAACCACAGAUUGGCUAUUUUACUUGGUUGUUGCUGUGAAGGAGAUGAAAGGUUACUUGUUGCAGAAUUUAUGAACAAUGACACAUUGGCAAAACACUUAUUCCAUUGGGAAGCACAACCGUUGAAAUGGGCAAUGCGACUAAGGGUUGCUUUACAUCUUGCAGAAGCUCUAGAAUACUGCACCAGCAAAGGACGUGCCCUGUAUCAUGACCUAAAUGCAUAUCGAAUUGGUUUCGAUGACGAGGGAAACCCUAGACUUUCAUGUUUCGGACUAAUGAAGAACAGCAGGGAUGGAAAAAGUUACAGCACGAACUUGGCAUUCACUCCUCCAGAGUAUUUGAGGACAGGUAGAGUAACACCAGAAAGUGUAAUUUAUAGUUUUGGCACCCUUCUUCUUGAUCUUCUCAGUGGAAAACAUAUUCCUCCAAGUCACGCGCUGGACCUUAUACGUGACAGGAACAUCCAGAUGCUGAUAGAUUCUUGUUUGGAAGGGCAAUUUUCAAAUGAUGAUGGGACUGAGUUAGUACGUUUAGCUUCACGAUGUUUGCAAUAUGAACCCCGUGAACGGCCAAUUCCAAAGUCAUUAGUUUCUGCAAUAAUUCCUCUUCAGAGGGAUGCUGAGGUUCCUUCUUAUGUAUUAAUGGGCAUACGUAAUGGGGCUGAUGCCGUACCUCUGACACCACUUGGAGAAUCCUGCUUAAGAAUGGAUUUGACUGCCAUUCAUGAGGUCUUAGAAAACCUUGGAUAUAAAGAUGAUGAGUGUACUGCUACCGAGCUUUCAUUCCAGAUGUGGACGAACCAGAUGCAGGAAACAUUGACAUCGAAGAAAAAGGGUGAUGCUGCUUUUAGGCAUAAAGAUUUCACAGCUGCCAUUGAAUACUAUACCCAGUUCAUUGAUGUUGGAACCAUGGUUUCCCCAACGGUUUAUGCUCGACGGAGUUUAUCGUACCUCAUGAACAAAAUGCCCCAGGAGGCCCUCAAUGAUGCUAUGCAAGCACAGAUAAUAUCUCCUGUUUGGCAUAUUGCAUCCUACUUGCAAGCUGCUUCUCUAUUAGCUCUAGGGAAAGAGGACGAGGCACAAGUCGCUCUCAAGGAGGGUACCGGGCUUGAAAACAAAAAGAACGCAACUUCUUGACCGCAACCGAAGCCCAAAUAAAUCGCCUCUCCGAUCAACCCGAAGAUGACCAUCCGUUUGACAAAGUUGUCGGUUUCCAGGUAAGGGAACCAUCUUAAAACCUCAAAAGAAACCAUGCGUUACGACGAGUACAUAUAAUCAACUCUGCACGACCAGUUUCGUUUUGGUUUGAUUCGAUCCGGUCCGUGAUCAGCUUGAAAAUUUGCUUUGGAGCGACUCCAUAAAUCUCUCUCCUUGCUUUCACUCUUACCGACGCUUCCCAAAUGCAAUGAUCUUUGGAGAAACGAAUAGAGAACACAGUAUAUAUUUGUAGAGGAAAGCGUGAAUAGAGUAGUCGCCAUGCUUGUAAUUAUGUACAGUACCGAUGAUUAUGGUUUGCUCAUCUGGAGAUUAAACUGGUUGUUUUUUGUAUGUUUAUUUAUUAUCAAACUAAGAGAUACGUAUUUAAUACACUAUCAACGGGAUGGGAAAUGUUUCUA